GUGUUAAACGUUGGUGUUAAUUAUCAGGAAUGACAUCAACUUUUGAUUUCUAUUAAGUAGAUGAACUAAUUUAAUUAAAAUUUAUAAGCUUAUUGUUAUGAGGUAUAAGAAUUAUAAUCUGUAAAUUGCUUUCAGAUGAAUGAACUGGCGUCUUAUUUACAAGACAUAUCAAACUUUAACAGUGGUGAAAAGAGAAUCGUAAUUUGUACAAGGAAGAGAGAAUGAUAUCAUGAAUGUCUUGGACGAAUUAAAAUUGUUUCUUGUCAUGUUACCUGGCUUGUUGAGUGAAGUAAUUAACGUGGAAGUAGACAGAAGGAGGACGGGGGAUAUCAUUAAAGUUAAAAAAUCGGCGUGUGAAACAUUCGAUGCUUCAUGGCUACGACGGAGAUGUUUCUGUCCUGAAAACAAAGGAACGUUCCAUUCCAUAAAAGGCCAGUAUGGAUGUUUUGAAAAGAAGAAAAUUGUGUCAGAUUGUGACACAACCAAAGACUUGCCAUUACUUCGAAACAAGGGCACAUUUUGGAAAUCAGACAAAACAGUUGCUGAAGAUUUAACUCACCGCCCGUACACAGGAUCGUAUAUAUGCAACAAUUCCGCUAUAUGGUUGAACAAUAUGAAUUUACAAUAUUUGAAAGUGGAGGUACACUAUGAGGUUACUUGGGAUGAAAAGGUUAUAUUCUAUAUUUAUCGGACCAAUUUCAAUGACAAAACCUACUUAGAACGCUUCAAAAACAUCAAAGGAUUCGUCAUAACGCUGAAAGCCUCUUGCCUUGAACUUGAUGACACUUGUGUAAUUCUCAAGGUUGCUGGAAAUUAUACAUAUAAUAUCGAUACAGAGCCGUCAACACUGCUACCAAUCACAACACUAAUGAAAACAACAGAGCCGGACAGACCGACAAUAACAACAACAACAACAACAACAACAACAACAGUGUCAACACAUGCUAAAAUAAUAACACAAAAAUCAACCCAAAUUAUAACAACAUUACCGGAUUCAAUUCUUUCUGUAUCAACUUCACCAAUAUCAGUAUUGCCACACACAACCUCACCAAAAUCAAUGAUAUCAACAACUGGCCUGCCAUUAACGUUAAACCCCGGAACAACUUCACCUACUACUUACUAUACCUCAGCCACAGAUAAUAUAUCAAAGAUCGACAGAAAUAUUAUCAUAGGUAUCUCCUGCAGUAUAGGUUUCAUUCUGUUGCUGAUAGUGAUUUUCAUGAUAAGACGAUUAAAACAUAAAGAAACAAAGAAGUCCCCGACCUGUAUAAUGAAUGCAAUUUAUGAAGAUGUGAAUCCAUCAUUAAACAUACAGAAUGAAAAUUCUUACUCCACUCCAGAAUAUGCAUGUUGUGAAGAUGUAAGAGGAACAAGUGGCGUAUCUGUUGCUGAAGCUAAGGACAAUGAAAAUAUGUACAACAGCUUAGUGUUGCAGGAAAACAUAGAGGGAGAAUAUGAGGAAUUAGCAUUCUCAACAAAAGAAGAGAUACACUCAAGCGAUCCAAUCAAUGAGCCGGUUUACUUGGAAACCGAGCCUGAAUGUACUCCCAAUCUACCAAAACAUGUAGAAGAUGAACGAAUUUACGUAGAAACUGAGCCUGAAUACGCCACUACUGGGACAGAGUAUACGUCAGCCUUUAAAAAGUAAAUAGAAAAUCUAACUCUGGUUUUUAGUCACUCUUCCACAUAACCUUGCACGUGAGGAACUUCACAAGAAUUGGGCACAUAGAAAAUAUUCUGAAACGAAUUAUUGUAAUGAUAAGAAGCUGUUAUAAUAUUUAAUACAUUUGAUUGCUUCUUGCUUCUUAACCUGUA